AUGAAGUCCACUCUUCUGGUUUUGGCCCUCUUCGCCGUUUCGGCAUUCGCCGACAUCCUCCCCGGUGAUCCGCGUUACGGUACCGAGUACCACCGUGAACACCAUCACGCUCACCAUGAUCGUGAGGUAGGAUACCCCGUCCACGAACAACCCCAGGGCAGCUACGAACUUCCAUCAACCGGCUACGGAACUCCAUUCCAGCCAGAAGGCAGCCACGACCACGGUUACGAAAGACACCAACCAGCCCCAGUCCCACAUGAGGAAUAUGGACCACCUAAACACCAAGCCGCCCCAGUAGUCCACUACGAGCCCGCUCCAGCUCCAGCUCCAGUCGCCCACUACGAGCCAGCUCCAGUCCACUACCAACCAGCCCCAGCACCAGUCCACACAUACGUGCCAGUCCAGACUCCAGCUCCAGCCCCAGCUCCGGUCCACACAUACGUGCCAGUCCAGACCCCAGCUCCAGCCCCAGCUCCAGUUCACACAUACGUGCCAGUCCAGACCCCAGCUCCAACCCAUGUGCCACACCAAGUCUAUGGACCACCAAAGGCCCUCCCAAGCCACCCAGCCCCACAGGCCCCAUCCCAAAACUACUUGCCACAACAUCAGGCUCCCCAACACCCAGCUCCAAGCCACCCAGCCCCACAGGCUCCAUCCCAGCACUACUUGCCACAACACCAGGCUCCAGCUAAAACUCUCCCAAGCUUCCAGUUCCCAAGCCAACAGCUCGGUCAAAUCGCCAACCAUUUCACAUCCAAGUUGAACAACAACCAGUUCUCCCAGAAGCUUAACCAGAAAUUGGGUGGUUUGAUGCACAUGCUCCCAAUGUUGCCCCAGAUCCGUCUCCCAUCUUUCAUGAAGCAAGCACCAGUCCAACAAUACUUGCCAGCCCCAGCUCCACAAGCCCACCCACAACCAGCUCCAUCCCAAAACUACUUGCCCCAACGCCCAGCCCCAGUCCAAGUUCCAUCCCAAAACUACCUGCCCCAACGCCCAGCCCCAGCCCCAGUCCAAGUCCCAUCUCAAAACUACUUGCCACAACAACCUGCCCCACAACCACAAAAAGUAUACGUGCCAGCAGCCCCAGCUCCAGUCCAAAAGCCAACCAUUGUCUACGUACAACAGUCAGCUCCAGUCGCCCCAAGCCACCAAAUCAGUGGAUCCUCCCAGACCACCUCCGAGCACCACGAGCACCACGUCGUUGAACACCACCAACAAGCCCAGGACUCCAACGGUGGAUACCUCUACUAG